AGAUUCAAGAAAUAACGGCGCUAACAUCUGCAAAGUCUCUAAAAAGGAUAAUGGUCAAAAAACAGAGGAAGAAACAGGCUGGGAUGAUUCAAACAUAGGAUUAAUGUUAAGUAUAACGGUUCAAAUCGCGUAA